AUGCAACUUGUCAUAACUUACUGCUGGGUACAAAUCUGUCAAACAUCAAAUUGUCGUUCAUGCCACCAAAGCGUAUUAUCAUCGGGAACUUGUUCGAAUGCAAAUCGCAGCGUUCGAUGCUACACCGCCAGUGCCGCUGUCCGAGAUGGCCAAGCAGAUAACUGUUUUGAUGGCCAUGCACAUGAUGAAGCAAGCACUUUUCAUGGUCAAACUGUCAACAAUUCAAAAUUGUUCUCAAAGAAAUUACGCUUACCCAGUAAACUUGGACAAUACCGUGUUCCUGAUGAGUUAAGGCAAUCUGUUAUUGCGUGUGAAGAUCUGGUAGAAAUUUUCCCAAAUAUAUCUGAAACAUUGGAUUAUGAAAAUUAUGUCUCCAAAUUUUCUAUUCUUCUUCAUUUGGAAGAAAUACAAAUGGAGAUUGACAUACGACAGUUUGACUUAGAAAGAGUAUGUCUCAAACAUGCAGGGGAGUUUCUGGCAUUAAAAGUUCCUGGUCUUGCAGAAGGUCGGCCUUCUGUCCUUGUUGGUGACAAAGUUUAUGCUUCUAUUCCUGGAGAAUCAGAUAGCCCACUUCUGGAAGGAAUUGUCCAUGAGGUGCACAAUGAAGAAAUACUCCUAAAAUUUAAUUCUGAAUUUCAUAAUAAUUACCAAGGAGAAGAUUACAAUAUGCACUUCACAUUUAAUAGAUCUCCUUUAAGACGCUGCCAUCAAGCUGCUGAAUUGGCACCAAGUCUUGGACGCAAUGUAUUGUUUCCUACUAAAUUAGAAACUGUUUCCCCACAAUACACUCUUUCUUCAAAUCGACUCUCUGGAUCACACACACUCCCCAAGGCAGGCACACCAACAAGGCACAGUUGCCAGUCUCCACCAACUUCCCAGGCUACAGUCCAGUUUUUCAAUCGCCAGUUGAAUGAUCGUCAAAUGGCUGCAGUCACACGGAUUCUUCAGGGACAAUCUCGCCCCACACCUUACAUUUUAUUUGGACCACCAGGAACUGGAAAGACAAUCACAGUGGUUGAGGCAAUUCUUCAAAUUCUGACAAAAAUGUCUGGAAGUAGAAUUCUUGCUUGCACUCCGUCCAAUAGUGCUGCAGAUUUACUGGCUGAAAGGCUACACAAAAGUGGAGUCCUCAAGGUUUCAGAUAUGGUCAGGUUGAAUGCUUUUCAGAGGAAUGAUGAUAAUAUACCAGAGAACAUCAGGCAGUAUUGCACUGUUGGUGAAAAUUUGGAUAUCAUUGUUCGUUAUCGUAUUUUAGUAUGCACAUGUGUUACAUCAGGCCUCCUUUACUCAUUAGGACUGAAAACUGGCCAUUUUACACAUGUUUUUGUUGAUGAGGCAGGGCAAGCAACAGAACUUGAGUGUUUAAUACCAGCUGGUCUAGUUUCAGGAACUGAUGGACAGAUAACUCUUGCUGGUGAUCCUCAGCAGCUUGGCCCUGUCUUACGUUCCACAUAUGCCAAGAACUAUGGUAUGGAGUUGUCUUUCCUUGAACGCUUGAUGUCACGCUCGUUGUAUGCACGAGAUGAAACUAAAUUCACAAAUUAUGGAUAUUAUGAUCCCAUGCUGGUCACCAAACUCAUUUACAAUUAUCGUUCACAUCCCUCAUUGCUUCAGCUUCCAUCAGAAUUAUUCUAUGCAAAUGAACUUCAAGUUAAAGCUGAGAAACAACUCACACACAGCCUUUGUGGAUGGAAGUCCCUUCCUAAUAAAACUGUGCCAAUUAUAUUCCAUGGAAUUCGUGGUGAAGACUUAAGAGAAGGAAACAGUCCUUCAUGGUUCAACCCAUUUGAAACUGUUCAAGUGGUAAGAUAUUUGCAAGGCCUCUUGGCAGAUUACAGCUCUUCACUGACAGAAGAUGAUAUUGGAAUAAUCACCCCUUACCGAAAACAGGUUGAGAAAAUCCGUUUGCUGAUGAGUCACUUGGGCAGAGAUAAUGUCAAAGUUGGAUCUGUUGAAGAAUUCCAAGGACAAGAAAGGAAAGCUAUUAUUGUUUCCACUGUUCGUGCAAAUGAAGACUUCAUAGAAUUUGACAAGCAACAUGCUCUGGGAUUUCUGAGUAACCCAAAGCGUUUCAAUGUUUGCAUUACACGUGCACAAGCAUUGCUUAUUAUUGUUGGAAAUCCUUAUGUUCUGAUGCAUGACAUUUACUGGCUGGCCUUACUGAAGCAGUGUAUUGAAAACCAUGCUUAUGUGGGCUGUGUACUUCCAGAGGAACUAACCACUAACUCUGACUCCUGA